AUGAACAAUGCUGUAUCUGCAAGUACUCGAAUCACUCAGUUGCAACGCCAAGACCCCGGGGCUUCAGUUCUUCAAACCACACCUAUUCCAACAUCCACCUCGUCUUUGUCUGGUCCGGCCUCUUCGAAUUGCCUUAAUCAGCGACCUUCCGCUUCGACUGUCUCAGCCGCAAUUCUCGGUCAGUCAAAUAGCCUCUCAUCUGGUAUUUCGCCGCCUGGGCCUUCGGGAAAUCGAUCAGAGCCUUGCUCUGGGGAACCUGGGUCCGCCGGGCUUAUCUUCCAGCAGAGCCUCCAAGCUGCUUGGCAGGAUCUCGUGUCCGGCCCAUCUAUUUCUGCUCCGUGCUCAGGACCCAACUCCAGCUCUUCAUGCAACUCUCGAAAUCCAUUAGUGCUUGAUUUGCUCUGUCAACGCCUUGGUCAAACCGUCCAAUCAACGGUCGAUGGAGCUGCCAAACCUUCACAUAACCUUGUCGGACUGUCGCCAACUCACUCCUUUCUUCCAUCUAGUGGUAAUGUUAGCUAUUCCUGCUCUAGUGUUCAUAGUCAAUCGCAUCCAAGCAUAUCUCCUGCAAUCACUACUUCCAGUCUUCUCGCUGCCCUUCAACAGCAGACUCAACAGCAACAGCAAAAACGGCCCAUCGUUAAAAAUCGGCAGAUUGGCCAACGUACCGAGAUACAACAGACAAUUGAUGGACUAGCUAACUCAUCUGGAACUAUCAGCACACCGACAGUGCCGCCUGGAUUCGCCGCUACCAGCGCUUCAUUAGCUGCGCAAAGGGAAGCAGAGAGGCGCAUUCUUGCUCAGCAGCAGCAGCGCGACCAUCGGGCAAUGAAUUUCAAUUCUGUCCAUCGUCUCGAUGAGUCUUCUUCUCUCUCUCUGGCUCACUUUCAACAGUUGCUAGCACACCGACAGGCACAGCAAGCUGGGGCUAACGCUACUGGAAGCAUGUCCCCGACGCUCGUGGCGACGGCAAAAGCAUCAGUUGCUGCCGCUGAACUUGAACGCUUCCGUUUGCUCGAACGGGGCUCCACUUCGUGGGCUGUGCUGAACGGACCGCCGCCUCCACCUGGCUUAGCUGGCCCGAAUCAAUCUCGCACUGAGACGGGUUGA